AAGUUAUGUGACGCAAUUUCCGUUGUCCGGACGCUUGUUUGGUCGUUAUGGCUAACGGAAAAAAUCAAAGUUUGAUUUGGUUUAAAAUCGAAAACUACACAAAGCAAAGAAAAUGUCAUUUUAUUUAAGGAUAAGCUAAUACAUAAUUUAAGAGUGAUAUUAGGUAUGGUUUAUCUGAGUAAUGCACAAUAACACAAUUCCGCUACAGUCAGUUAGCUAACACUAGUCUGUAUCUAGAACACGUCACAGUGUUUACAUACAGGACGAUUUACAUCUCGGUGUAGUAAGCUCUUGAUUAAAAUGUGGAAUCGUGGAGGCAUCCGCAGUUCAGCUCUGGAAAGGGCAAAGGCUCAGCUCUCUGGACAGAGAGUUACAAACAGCGGAACAUUACGGGAUGAUCAGAGAAAAGAUGUGAUCAGUACCAGCUUUGGAAAAGCCAUGCAAUCCAGACAGAUGCCUUUGCAUGGCCUAAGUGAUCUCUCCUCAGACGCUGAAAGUGAAAAGCAAGAUUAUGAUGCUCACCCAGCUAAAACAGUGGCACACACUGCAGAGCCAGUAGAACAAUUUGGCAUGGGUGGUGGAAGUAGGUUUCUAAAGAGGUCAGCCAAGAGAGCGUCAUCUCCUGCUGACAUGGAAUUCAUUCCUCAGCGUGGCUCACAGAGCAUGGCACUAAGCAGACUCGCGCUGAUUGAAGACCGCAUCAGAAAUCGUACGGACAGAAAUCUUGGCAGAGACACAGGUGCAGAGCUCAAGUCUAGUGUCUCUGUCCAGUCCAGCAGUGAGCUGAGUGCAGCUGACAGGAGCCAUUUCCGUAACAGGAAAACCUCCACUCCUAAGGGUCAGGAGGAGACUGAGAGGCCACAUGCAGACAUUUACAAGACCUCUGUACGCUCAGUGUCUCGUAUACAUAAAGGUAUGAGCAUGGACAGCGAUGAAGAAGACAUGCGUAGACUCCUUGGAGAAUCCUUUGAAUCACCAGACGGAGUCAAAGGCAUGCGACAGACAGAGACGAGUCCUCAGCAAGCUGUUAAGACAAACAGGAAAAGUAGUAAAGAGAUUGUCCAGCUGACUCCAGAGCAUAAAGAAAAGCAGCCCGUUCAAUCAGCAUUCACAGCACAGCAUCAUAAGCCUACUCCAUCACCACCAUUAUCCCGUAAAAUCUCCACACCCAGCAGGCCUUUCUCCCCGAGAGCUGGUCAAACCUCGUCUCUGUCCUCAGCGCCGGAUCACAGUGAGAUCAGGUCACUUGAGGAGCUUUUCCCCAUCACCUCUGACCAUGAUGACACACAGAGUGAGAGAAGUGUGCUCUCUGAUGAUUUCAAGUUAAAUGUAAUGACGUUGGAUGAUUUGGCUCCUGAUACCCUUGAUACAGCUGGAUUAAUAAAAACAAAGUCUGACGCGAAUUUGCAGGAGCUCGGUGUGUCCUCAGCUGGAGAGAUCCUGAACAAGCCUGCAGAUGAACCAGUCUGCUAUGAGAGUGACUUUGAGAGCGAGAUCCAGACCGAGGAGGCUCAGAGUGUAGAUGACAUUUCCGAGCAUCUCUCUGGUGUAGCAUCUGAGCGUCAGACUGAGCCUCUGUCGGCUAAAUCAAACAGCGAUGAUGAUUACACUCUCUCUGAAAAGCCUUCCAAGUCCGCAAGCAUCCGUUACAGUAGAUCUGAGUCCAGUUUAAGCCACAGCAGAGGCUCUGACACUGCGUCCUACUCCAGAGACACCACACAUACUCACACUAAUCCACAAAGUCCCAGUGUGAGACGGUGCAAGAAGGAUGCCACAGUGCAGACGCAAGGUCUCUCUUAUAUGUGGUCUUCUAAUCAGGCUGUGCUGGGCCUGUCAGUAGGAAUGUCCUACGUGGAUCCAACUCCUGUGGCGAGUCAUGUGAUCAGCGCUGAAGCCGUGGAAGCAUUAACGGCAUACAGUCCUGCUGUGUUUGCUCUGAACGACAUGCUGAGGCAACAGCUCACACUGACCAGGAACUUCAUCCAGUCCAGCAGACAUUUACAUCAAGCCAUGCUGGAGUCCCUGGGACCCGCUGACUACAGAUACACCACACUGGAGGAUGCGAAGGAGUUUAUCCGCUGUAACAGGCCUCCUAAGCUGACUAUGGAGGUUGCACUGGAGGAGGUGCUGCAGGAGAUGAGGGAUUAUCACUAUAUUUAAAGUGCACAUUUACAGAACUGUAGCUGGAGCAAGCAGCAGCUAUCAUUCAUCUACUUGUUGCUUCUGUGUAUCAAUGCAAAACGUAUGUGUUUUCGAAAUCUUUACUUCUAUGAGGUAUGUUUCCUAUGGUGAAAUUUCACCUACUAUAAAAGAAACAGUUAAAAUGCAGCAAUCCCAAUGUGUUAUCCAUCAACGGAUUCUUUAGUUUUGCUCUUGAAUGUGAUUCUGAAACUUGAUCCUACUAAAUCAGCUAUAUUUUUGGUAGGGGAAAGUGUGGAUUUAAAGGAAAAGUCAACAGCAAAACACAUUAAAUACCUAUGUUUACACUGAUAUCUUUGAUGUCUUUGUUCAUUCUGGUGCCAAUUUGUUGGUUGAUGCAGUAUUUUCAUAACUCUGUGAGAAACUGUGUGCCAUACUGAUGUCAAAUAAUGCAAAUUAAAGGCUACUGGUGUAAUCAGA